CUUCCCCACCCCCAGUCCACCUCCCUCCCACCCAGCCCCUGCCUCCCUCCCCCUCUCAAACCAUCACCACCACCACACUUUGUGUAUGUUGUAAGUUAGUAGUUGCAGUCGUACCUUCAUGCACAGCUCUUCACUCCUGGCUGUCUGUCCGAGAAUCCAUUCCUUCUCCCCUUCACACCAUUCCAGUGGGAGAGCAUUUACCCCCCCUACAGCUCCAGCUGAGAGUUUUUGGGGCGGAGGAUUUUGGGGUGCUGUGGCGGGGGCACCGGAUGAGUGAGUGAGUGAGUGCGCGAGUGGGUGGAUUGUAGAAGGGUGGAGGUUGUGUGUGUGUGUGUGUGUGAGAGAGAGAGGGAGAGAGAUAGAGUGAGUGUGAGUGAGUGAGCGAGUGAGUGAGUGAUCGGGUGAGGGUGCGUCGGGUUGAGUGACAUUGCAGCGUGGGAUAUUUUUCUUCUGCAGAUAGUCUCGUUGGUUGUUGUCAGGGUGCAUUGUGGAUCAGAUGCUGUUGGGUUUUGCAAUCCGAGAAAAAGCUUCUGGGGCUCGUUCUAUGGAGUGAGGAUUCUGCCGCUGUUGUGCAUGUGGCGAAGUCAUUGCGCAACUGUUCAGCUGCAGUUUUUUCUGAGAACUCGACCAUCAAUCGCAACGUUCUCUCUGCGUCUGUGCAAACUGUGGGCGUGUUCGCGGCGUGCUGGUUUGGGUGUUGAACAAGUGGAGGUUGAGUUGAACAGGAUCGCAGUACGCAUUCUUAGUCACCUAGUCGCUUAGAAGUAGUGCUGGGGCGUGAAGGUUUGAUUACUUCCCUCUGCUUCUCUUCGAAGUGGUGAGUACUUUUUAGGGUGUUGUAGUCCCUCAGAAUUGCUGGGUAUCUCCUACAACCAGCCAGGUGGGGGGCGGAAUUUUUCCCCCAAUGCAACCCACAUCAACUCUGUGAGGGUCCUAUGACCUCCUCGCAGACUCUCCGCGCCUCCCCUCUGAGCCUGGUCAUUGUCCCGGUCAAAGCCUGUGAUGGCAGUCUCUACAACAAACUAGUCGUGCUGUAAGUACUCAGGGAGAAACAGACGGGAGUCACGUUUCACAUUGACGCCUCGGGGUGGUGGUUCUCAUGCUGUGAUUUCGUCGUCGUCGCCAGUUAUCUUUACACUGUAGCCUAGGUCGUGGUAGUGUGCACCCUACAGACGUUGUCACUUGAGAUUCGCCAUAUCUGGCUGCUUUCCUCAGGUGAGCAGUGACCAGUGGAAUGGUCCGUCACAGGUGCAGCUGACUUCUUUUACUCUUGCCCACCACUGUGGGUUCUUCGGAUGUGGUAAACCAGGCAGUAUUGCAGUACUCUACCGCCAUCAGCACGUGAUCACUGAAGCGGUGCUGGGUAGACUGCAAGUCUCCCUCUCUUCCUUUGACACGCUGAGGGAGCUAGAUAAUAACUCGGCACUUUACAUUUCAACGCACUCAUACAUAUCAAGAGAAGCUCACGCUACAGGUCUGCUUGGAGGUGCCGCAGUGAAACUGGAGUUGUAGAGGCGGCUCUUGUUUUGGUUCAGCACAGGGGCAAAUAAACAACUUCAUGGGUGAAAACAUGUUUCGGCGGUGAAGUUUCGUGUGCAACAAAAACUUGGGGGCAUCGUUUGGUAAUGCCGAAAGAAGUUACGUGUGAGUCUGACUCUAAGUCGGGGACUAGCAGCAUGGCGAAGCUGAGCGCGAGCGAGAAGGAGAAGACUAAGUUGAGGGAGAGACAGAGGCGAGCCAUCACCACGAAAAUCUUUGCUGGCCUUAGAAAAUACGGGGGCUACAACCUUCCCCCUCGAGCUGACAUCAAUGACGUGUUGAAAGCUUUGGCCUCCGAAGCGGGAUGGGUAGUGGAACCCGAUGGUAACACUUACCGCUCUCAGCAUUUCAAACGCGUCCAUGUGAUGUCUGAGCAGGGAUUCUCACAACCCUCGAGCAGCCUGCAGCAUUCGCUCCGCCAGACCAACCCGGCCAUGAACCGCUUGAAUCUCAUCCCGCCUCCGACCACGCUCAACACUGGCUUCAACUGCACGCUGGCGGGCUUGAUGGCAGACGCUGGGGAGCUCCGCGAGGGGAACUGCUCCACCACUGCAUCCCCCCGCCACCACUCCAUGGGCGGGGCGGCUGGCCAUCACUCCAACAGUUCCUCGAUGACCCUCAUCGGCUCGGGCUGCAUCUCCAACUCUCCCUUCGCCUCCCCAGCGUCCAGCGAAGGCGGUCCCCCAAGCCAGCGGCUCUCCCAAGGCAACCCUUACCUCGCUGGCCUCUCCAAUGGCUUUCUGCCCUCCUGCGGCCAAGUCCUUUCCGACGGCCGAGACGGCGAUUCCUCAGGAAUCAAGGAGGAGUCUGCGGCAGCUGCCGCAGCAGCAUACUUCAGCGCUGACACUCUCGACGCUCGAGACUUCCAGAUGCAGAGAGCAACCUUGGACGCCUCCCAUUUCCUCAACUCUCGAGAUUUCUCGGGCCGAGGCUCCCUCACCAACAGCAACAACAACAACAUGAACUCCUUGUUCUUCAACGCUGCGCAACAAGCCCCGAAUCGGUUUGGCCAGCGCGCAGCUCCCCAGCUCCCCAACCUCAUGAUGCUGUCGACCGGGCACCCGUUCCUCCAAGAGCAACGGGCGUCUAACCAGAACACUCCCCUAGGAUCUCCAAGACUGCAGGAUCCAAACUAAGUGCGAAUCUUUCAAGGAUUGGAUGGAUCAAUCAUCAUCAUCUUCAAGCACAAAUCAACUGUGUCUGCAAUCAUCUGGUGCGGUAGUAACAGCAGCAGCAGCAAAUGGAGUGUUUAAAUUUGUUCCUCUUCAAACCUUUUAACCCGACGUAUGAAUCGAAAGAUCGAUGAGCAAAUCCCAGCAGGGGGUGUGCAACAAACAAACAAACAAACAACACUGUGCAGUUAUGACGAAGAAGCUCUGUCACCUGCGGUGGCCUCCAUGACCAUAGACCUCCCCUGUAGGAUGAAACCGGGUGGAGCUGUAGAAUUAGCCCCCUUUUUUGAUGAAGCAUCUUGCGGGGCAGUUGGAGGGAUAUCUCACUUGCAGACUCAGGCCAAAGGUUUUCCCUUCUCUCUCUCUCUCUCUCUCUCUCUCUCUCCCCCCCCCCCUUUUUUUAAAAAAAAUUUAUUUUUCUUCUUUUUUUCGCUUUCUUAAUUUUCUUUUUAUAGGAUCCUGUUCAUCACCGCAUCAAGUUACAGGUCAUGAAAUGCAAACCAAGCCGGUGGCUGUUUCCUGAGAGAAAGUAAAAAGAUGCUUCUUUUUUGCACUCAGUAAUGUUUUCCUCCUUUGUUAGAUGUGAGACUCUUGGUCCCAAGUGCCAUUUCGUUUGCAUGAUCCUGCACCGUCGUAUUUAAGCUUUUGCUGUAUCUAUGAACAUGCAACAACGUUGUUGUGAUCUUUCCACUCACCUGGGUGCCGGCUCGGCCUUAA